AUGCCGAGCCCUGAUAUUCCUGGAGAGUUCCUGAGACAUGCUGUGUUAGAUACAGUUGUCCCGCAUGCCUCAAACAUAGACCUUGAGACGGCGUUGGCGAAGGCCCUGGAGGGCGGCGCUGAAGACCUUUCCUCUGUUCUUUCUUUUAUACCUCAGCGAUCACUCUUAUUCUUUGAUGAAUUCUGUACUGCGCGCAUUGUUCUCCGAUUAUCCAAUUGUUCCCAGACCAGCUUGAAACACCACCUUCCGAACCUUGAGGUGAAGCUUGAUAUCUUUGCGAUCGAUCCUGCCGAGACCGUAGCGGAGAACCCCACGCCUACAAGGGACCUGAUCUUCUCGGGGGUUGUCAGUGGACAGGAGGAACCUCUGGUAGUGGUGAACGAAUUCGAAGGGGAGACAGGAAGUGGCAAUCACGCAUAUGUGAUCUGGAGUAUUGAGACGUUUCUCAAGCGUCCGCGCAUACGUAUCCAACAUCCUUCACUCAUCUUCAUCGCUUCUGUUAGCCUCAAUCCAGCCGAGAAUCGACAAUCGGAGUCUCGCGAUGAUGAUUACCUCCCCCCCUUAGUCCCUGCAUCGACAAACGUCUUGUAUCCGCUAUCUACAGACAAGGCGUUGAACGAAAUCGACCCAUUCCUUCCAGCGUCCAGACUACUACGAGUCGUGCCCGCAAGUUACAGCGAAGACCCCAUCUACAAUGUCCAACAACAAUCAGGACACCCAAUGCGCGUUGUCCCUGCAGCCAGUGCUAGGAUACGCUAUUCACGGCUGAACGCGUUUUCCGGGCGGCCAACGACAGUUGCGAGUCUUGACUUCGAAGUGACCCCGUUUCUCAACUGCGACGUGAUCUUUGACAGAGCCGAUCUUCGAUUGUCGAAUGGGAAGAUCGAAACACUGUCUGAUGACCCAGGCCUCAAUCCGCCCCUCACCUGUCGCCCGCGGGACGAUGUGACCUUGAUCUACAAACUGACACCCGAACACACCCAGGAGCCCAGCCCGUCGACUACAGUGAUGGUCUCCACCUUGGACAUAUCCUUGGAGGCAGUCAUCCAGCUGUCAGAUGAUUGCCAUCCACGGAUCCUGAUGCAGUGGAGGACAAACAUCGAUUUUUCCAUGGUCUUGAACCCAACCUUCGGGGGUCCCAGCCAGGCUCUCCAACGAAGUAAUCGUCCGGCAAGCCUUCCGAUGACACCCCACGCGGCUUAUGCUUCGAUGAAUGGUUCUCCUCCCAGCCGGAACUCCUUGAGAGGAAGAGCCUAUUCGGUUACGGAUACGGGAGUCACCAUAUCGUUCUCUGGCCCCAAUAAAGUGGAAGUCGGCAAACCAUUCUCGUGGGGGGUGUUCAUCGUCAAUCGGUCUUCCACUGCUCGUAAAUUCGCGAUGGUUGCCAUUCCGCGGCGAAAGCGCGCCGACCCGAUAGGCCAUGUCGCUCGGCCAUCCUCAUCUUCCAUUUCGAGCCGGAAAGAAGAUGGGGUCGCCGAGGCAGUGACCGACGAUAAUAUCAUCCACGCCAUGCAGAAAAGCGUUGCCGGGCAGGAAGCUGAACUUGUAUGCCUGAGCAGGGACAUUCGCAUCGGUCCCCUUCUUCCCGGAACAUGCUAUUCGACUGAAUUGAAGCUUCUUCCCCUGGCGGUGGGACCUCUCCACUUGGAGGCCGUGCGCCUUGUAGAUGCCGACACGAGCGAGACAACGGAUAUCAGGGAGCUUCCGGAUAUCAUAGCAUUUGACCGAGACGGUGUACCUGCUGCUGAGUGA